AUGAGAAAGUUGCCGUCUUUCAGCUCCAGAAGGUCGCUGUAUCUGUGGAAUUUGAAUAUACGGGACGCCACAAAUCAUGGCCUUAACAAACAAACUCUCGAUCUCUACAAUUCCAUCCUGCAAUCUAGGGUGGACGUCUACGUGCAGACAUCUCUCCUCGAUAUGUACUCCAAGUGCGGCAACUUGGUUUCUUCGAGGAAGGUGUUCGACGAAAUGUCUGAGAGAGGCGUUGUGUCUUGGACCUCCAUGAUCACUACUUAUUGCCAUUUUCUCUCGUUGACGAAGUCGUUUCUGUGA